AUGGCAAGUGGUACCAGCGACACGCAAACACUAGCCUUGAAGCUGGAUGCAGACUCAGUGCUGCAAGGUCCAUUUGAAGGCUGCAGUUUCCACGUCUUUUGGGCGAAGGGUCGUGGACCAACACUUGACUGGGUACCAAAGGAGUACCAGUUGUGUGACCUGUACCAUGCGUUGCUGGUUGAGGAUGAAUAUCUUUUGGACACCUUCCGAGUGCAGCCACCCCAAUGCCGGAUCUUCCCCGUGGAUCCCCAUGAGGCUCCGGAUGCGCCCAUGGUGCCUUUGCCAUGGGCACCAGGGGAGCCUUUGCCCCGGGUCACGCGAGCAGUGUCCUUCCACGCGUAUAGUGUGUACUCGGCAGAAGCCCAGACAAAUCCCCAGAGAUGGCUGCAGGAUCCAGACUACUGGAAUAGCUUUUUCAUGGACCUCUCACGUCAAGAUAUGCUCACGGUCUGCCUCACAGAAGAGGAUUGCAAGGGUGACCAGGCUCCCUACCGGCUGAUGUUCUGGGAGGAUAUCAGCUACGAGUUUCUGGAGUGCAUUGCUCGUGGCAUUUCGCCAAUUUGGUUUGGAACACCCUCCAUCUAUGAGUACUCAGAACGCAAUGUACUGCUCACGCGCUGGCGCUUUGAGACAGCGGAGGAGAUGGUGGGCAUCAUCCAUACCUUAUCCUCACCCGAGGGUAUUCUGGAGCAUGGCACGCGCGUCUUCAUGGAGCGGCAAGGAAACUAUUUCCUGAGCCGCUUGUAUUGGCGCCAAGAUCCCCGCGUGCGAGCUCUGUUGCUGGCCAGCGCCGCGCAGCGACAGCAGUUGCUUCAGCUCUCGCACUCCGAGGAUUCUUCAUCCUAUGUGAUGGAGCUGGUGGUUUGCAUCGCCUCAGCCGUUGGAAACCGGCACUUGAGGGACAUCAUUCGGCAGACGUGGGGAAGCGAGCCCAUGCUUCGCACCCACUUUGGCCUGGUGCGCUUGAGGGUGCUUUUCUUCCUGGGGCGGGGAGAUGAAGCUCUGGACGAACAAGCCCAGCUACAAGACGUUGUGCUGCUACCAGAGCUGGAGGAGGAUUUUGGAAGUAUUUGGCUGAAAACUGCGGCCAUUCUGAAGUUUGGAGGGGACUAUUUCAAGGAUGUGUCUGGUCAAACAAGCACUUCCAGGCGCCACUUGCGUUUCCUGAUCAAAUGCGAUGACGACGCUUUCGUGGACAUUGACACUGUGACGGCUGACCUUAUUGCCAGUGCGCCCGUAGGCCUGCUGUGGGGCCAUGUCAUGGCAUUGGUAGAGCCCAACCGCAUUGCCUCCGACAAGUACUUUGUUCCCCAUGAGGUCUACCCAAUGCAGUAUUACCCACCUUAUGCCCGUGGAAUGGCCUAUGCACUGUCAGAGGAUGUGGUGAUCCCUUUAGGGACAGCUCUCUUCGAUGGUCGCCUAGAGCCGUUUCCCUAUCGAGAAGAUGUUUCAGUGGGCUUAUACAUCCUCGAGCUGGCAAAGCGUGGUGAGGUGCGUGUGGUUCCACACCAACGAAAGGAUGCCAUGCCACUGGACUUCAAAGAACAUUGUGCUGGACCAAAUGCCCACUUACCUGUCAUGGUCAUGCACCGCUUCAAUCCCGCUAGCUCACCUUGUUUGUGGCGACUCAUUCAGGAAAGGAGAGCGCAGCAGGGCCAUGUUGAUGUGGACUUUUGCGAGUGCUCUUUGUCCGAGCCCUUUCCCGACUGCUCCGCCAAAAGUGCAAAAGGUAUGUGGACUGUUGCCGAUGCCUCCGCACUGGAGACUGAGAUGUUGUUGCGAAAGGAGCCCCGGCAGUUCGAGCUGCUAGAGGCUGAGGGCCCACCGGCAGUGGUCUACAGCGCUCAAACAGCCUCAGCUGCAGCGACAAUCAUCAUGGGGAUGACCACUGCCUUCAUGGGGCUCUUCUGCCUCACCCAAGCCAACCAUCCACCACUUCAGCAGGUAGCCUUGCUACGCUUCUUUCUCAGCCUCAUUCUUCAACAGAGCCUGCUUGUCCUUGGCAGGCAACGGAAGGUCCUUGUUUCCGUCACCUACACCUUUGGCGCACAGUUGGUUGGUAUGCUGGGGGCAGAUGCCUUUGCUAGCUGGCAGGAAGCUCCUUCGUGGACAGCGUCACCAGCUGCCAGCUUUGGCCUGGUUUGCAUCACCAUUCUGAUCUUAGCCUUCGUCUUCAGCACAGCUCGCUUCUUGCGAAGCAAGGUUAGCGACGCGGAUGACGAGCUGAAGGAGAAGUGGCGACAAAGUGACAGCACCAUCGUGUCAAUGACUAUCUCGCUGACGCUCUUGCAGUUUUGGCGAUUUGUCCUUGCAGGGCGACUGCCUCACUUUUCGGGAAUCCAAAGAUCCGAGUACAAGAACUCGGAAACUGCAUAUCUCUUUGUGACGCUGCCUUUCCUCCUGCUGAUGAUUCUGCUGGAAAAAGCCUUCUCUUUGGUGCAAGCACCUGCCGAAGGUACGUCCGGUAUGACCAUGUGGAUGCAUCACGCCCUUGCAAUCCUAUCGUUGAUGCCGCGCAUUUUUGCUUUUGCAUCAGCAUGGUGUGCCUUAUUUUGUGCCAAGUGGCUUGACUAUGGCAUCUUGAUGCAGGGUGAGCUGGCCAGUGCCGGAGAUGUCAUGAAAGGAGAGAUGUACACCGCCAUGAUCAUGACUGGCAUAGGCUUUGCUUGCAGCCUGCUAUUUAAUCUCUGGUGCGAGAAGAUGCCUGGGAUGUCCUGCUUCCUUGCUCUUCUGUCGGAGGUUUGCUGCUUCCUCGUGUCCCUGAGCUGGGACAGCACCUUCCAGAUGGCGUGCGCCUUCAGCAAGGACCAAACGAAGUCUAACUUUGACCAAGUUUUUGCUCGCUGCACGCAGUGUCAGUGGAUGUGUAUUGUGUUGAUACCCUCCUGGCUUUUCUUUGUUCAUCCCCGCGCGCAAGCUGAAGAGAAUGGCCCAAAGGAUGGAGCAGAGGUUGAGAAAGAUGCCAAAGGAGCUAGCCAGAAACCUGCUGAAAAGCUCCCGGAGAGCCAGGCGCCAAUGAAAGAGGAACCCAAGGAGCAGCCUGAGGAACAGCCCAAAGAGCAGCCUAAAGCCGGUGAAGAAGAGUGA